GAAAACCUACAGCCUUCACAACCAUCAAAAUGUCUUCUCCGGAAGAUCUUGCAAAAGUGUUGCGAGAGGAAGGGAACGCACUGUACAAUUCUCGCGAAUUCAUCAAAGCAAUCAGUAAAUAUAUGCAAGCAGCUCGAGCAUCCCGAGAUGAUCCAGCACCGCUUCGAAAUCUCUCUGCCGCUUACUAUGAGAAUGGUCAGUAUGAAAUGUGCGUGUUGUUUGCUAAGAAAGCUAUCCAUUUGAUGAAUGCAAAAAUCGCUGGUGAUAGAGACAGUGUAUUCACAACACAUCUUCAGAAAUUGGAGCAAAGAAUCAGGAAAGCCGAGGAAAACCUGCCAGAAUGUCCUCUUCAGAAACAGAAAGAACGCAGAGUGGAGAUCUUGGAGCGACUUGCAAGAUAUCAUCCCUCAAUGAAGCCUGCUGGAAACUACGUGCCUAUCGGUCACGACGAUGCCAAAUCCCUCUUUGACGAAACCCUCGCGCUGCGAGUUCCUGUCGGCGAGACCAUCUCAUUCUUCAACAGCGGACUAGGCGAAGCUAGACACUUCCUAGCAUCACUCAUUAGUAUCGCACAUGAAGAAGCCAAGGGAAAGAUACCAAAACGUCGAUUUCACUUCACGUUGAAUGAUAUCAACAAACACGUGCUUACUAGAGAUCUUAUCAUAUUCUGUCUUUUGGAUAAGCUCUCUCGGGAAAACCGAAUGUUCGAGUCGGUGAACAUCUUAAACACAAUCUAUCUUAUCUUUGCAGCAUGCUUACUGCCCAAAUGGGUCAGCGAACAGCUGCAAGAAGUUAUCGCAGAGCUCUUAAGAUGUCUGAAGAAUGCUCAACAGCCACUAGAGUGGAUUUAUCUGCAUGAAGCAGAUAUUCCAUUCUACAUCCAGGCGCUCGAAAACUGGGCACCCGAGGGCAAAGCGUCGACCGAAUUUACUGCCGAAGAAGUAAUGGAAUCUGUAAUAAGCACCAUGCAAGACUCUAUAUACAAUAACAAGAGUGCCGAGUAUUGGGAACACAUUGGACCUUACUGCAACAGGGAGAGAGAGCUCUAUUGUGCAAGUGGAGUUCUUCUGCCAUCCAUGCAAGCAAUGCAGAAAAAUGAUCCAAAGCUGGUCGAUUUAAGCUUCAAAGUAUUGGAAAUCCCUGGAGGAAAAAAAUUGCGGCUUUUCAUGACACAUGUUAUGACGGAUAACUGGGUAUUCAACCCAACACAGCUUGAUUGGGAUUCGCAUACAGCAAUCGGAAAUCCGGAGCCAGGAGUCUUCUUGCGAUUUGAUCCAUUCAACUUGGCCUCGAGACUGCGGAAGGAGCUUGGGGAAGAACUGCCACUCGCGGAUAAUAUUUCACAUUUAUUUGAAUAUGUUGCGCCAUUCUUCGCGAAAGCAGCAAGCGCAAUCAAGUAUUUGGGUAAUAGAUUGAAGGUGGAGAUGGUGAAGGGUGAUUACAUUGAUGUCGCUGAACGGAUCCAUUUUGGUCUCCAUUAUGAUCCCACUGAGAGCCAGGCACGGGGCACAGGAACUACUGGGUAUCCACGCCCAAAAGACUUCUCAUCGCUUUAUCAUCGAGUAGCCUUGAGCAAUAUACCCGAUUAUGUCGGUGGCCAUUUAACAACCUUCCUUCAUGCAAUGCCGCUCCUCGCCCGCCACUCUACUAGCCUUGCGGGUAGUGUGUGUCUGCGAAACCCCCCCUUUUUCCGCAACAUGGGCGACUUUCUGUCUGAAUAUCAACUCGUAGACAGCGAGAAGAUGCUCGAACAACUGACCGGUGUGCGUAUUGUAUUCAGGGGGCAUGGGCCUGUACCACUCGCUAGCUACACAUACUACUGUUGGAACCAGCCAAUUGAUUCUGUGCCGCUUUCAAAACAGGUAAAAGCUCGACUUUCUCGUGAGGAUCUGAAGAAGUGGUUUCACGCGCUUUUUCUUAAAAUGGCAAUUCCUAUGACGUGCGAUCAUCGUCUCAUUUCAGACAAUAAUGAAAUGAUCUAUUCGCCGCUCAAUCUCACUAUUCUUUUUCGUCAACUAGGCCACCUUCAUUCUUUAGGAUAUCCUGCUCAUUGGCUUUCAGAAAUCCUAGUCCCACUGCUCGAAGACGCGGGAAUGCUUAAGACUAAUGUUCGACCACCACGCAAUGUCCCACUUCAACCCAAUCAAGUUAAUUCAAAGUAUCCGAUCAAGAAGCUUUGUAUAAUGCCUUUUGUUCCAGAAUUGAAAACUCUUACGACACUCUUUGCUCCCCUUCUCCCAUUCCGCAUCGAUCCAAAUCUCCUCUAUCCCAUCGACAAAAUCUACGAAUACACAUUUGAUCUCUCACCAUUGCCAGAGUACUAUGUCCAGCCAACAUGCCUCGCUCUCAUUUUCUUUUCACCAAAUCGCAGUCCCGGCAACCACCUCCCUCUUGAAAUGCAGCUCAGUCUGCGUAAGUUUCUUGAUCCAAGUCGGCACAAUGACGUCUUGGAUCACGGAUCUGAAGAUGCAGGACAGAAGGUUGAUGAUUGGAGAGCCAAGGAUGUCAUUGUGUGGUCGACUUUGAAGUUCGAUGCUGAGAAGCAGGAAGCAAAGGCAUGGAUGCCAGAACAGAUCAUUGAGCAAAUCGUGAAUAGAAAUUGGAAGUGUGGGCUUAUGAGAAGGGACCUAUGGAUGAUAGUUGGGGUCACGAUUGUUUCGACCCCGAGACGCGUCAGAGACAUGAUGAAGAUGGGAAGAAAAUGGGAUGAAGAUUUCAAAGAGAAUAACGACACUGAGAAGGAUGAUGAUGGUAGCAAUAAUGAGGACGCUUUCCAAGGUAGUGACCUCAAUACUAUGGCCCAAGAAGUAGAGAAGAUUUUCAACGACAGUAGGAAUCUGGGAGUUGUAAAUAAGAAUGUGAUUGAUGGUGGCGGGAUGGUGGAUGAGAAAAAAGAGAGUGAAGACGAUGGUGGCAAAAAUGAUGAAGACGAUGAAGACGAUGAAGACGAUGAAGACGAUGAAGACGAUGAAGACGAUGAAGACGAUGAAGACGAUGAAGACGAUGAAGACGAUGAAGACGAUGAAGACGAUGAAGACGAUGAGUAUGAUGAGUACGCUGAGUAUGAUGAUGAGUACUCGUUGGAUUAGAGUCUUUAGAUGGAGAGUUGAAUAUCCAAGACGGCAGAUUGUAUCAAAGCAAUAAGUAUCCUAUCAACAAGUAACCAAAAAAGCAGAAAUGUAUCUACAAAAAAUGAAGACCACACACACACACAC